UGCUGACCAUAAUACACUGUGCUGAUUUUUCAACUUCUUGCAGGCUGUCACACGUCGCAUCUUGAUGGUUCCACUUCAAUAAGUUUUAACGUGUACAUGUGGCGGCUUUGUUUUGAUACACAACCUGACCAGUGCCGUGGGUAUUUAUAUCUAUCUCGACCACAACCCCGCAAAUCAUAGUUCGGACAACCUACAUCACUACUAUUUCUCAAGAUUACGAUCUUGCCUCCUAUCUGCUCGAAGCCCUAAGCACUUAUCACGGGCCGCUGCUGGCCUAACUCAUAAACUGAUUCGUUCUUACUGUUCAUCACACAGGGACCUCCGAACAUAAUGACACAAACAGAACACCUGGUAAAGAAAGCCGCCGGGGCAGCGGUCGCAGAGACACCACAGGCCAACUCAGAACCAACCAGCAAUGCCCCGGAACAACAGCAGCAGCAGCAGUUUAAUGAUAACAGAGGAGCAAGGGGAAAGCUCUACUUCGCCUACGGCUCCAACCUCUCCUCGACCCAGAUGUCCCAGCGCUGCCCGCACGCCACCGCCGUCGGCCUCGCGCGCCUCGACGGCUGGGACUGGAUCAUCAACGAGCGGCGCUACGCCAACAUCGUGCGGGCACCCACCUCCGACCCGUCGUCGUCGCCCGAGAAGCAGGAGCACGGUCUAGGGGUAAACGACGACCCCGUCGACGCCGGGCACCACCCGGGCGUCUACGGUGUCCUGUACCGCCUCCCGCCCGCGGACGAGGCCGCCCUGGACGCCUGCGAGGGCGUCCCCUUCGCGUACAACAAGCUCGUGCUGGCCGUGAGCGAGCUGGACCCGGAGACCCUCGAGGAGGCGCGGAGGGUGGAGGCGCUGGCCUACGUGGAUCUCGUGCACGUCCUGCCCCGGGCGCCCUGGCCCGAAUACGUCGGGAGGAUGAGCGCGGGCGUCAGGGAGGCGAGGGAGCGGUGGGGGUUUCCGGUCUGGUACGUGGAGAUGGUUAUGAGGAGGUUUGUGCCUGGGUUGAGCUGGUAGA